ACGACGUGUCAGUCGCUACUAAGACUACACUUCCUCAUAUGCCGCAUUCAAUGCACAAUUUGCUUGAGGUGCCAUGUUGCAACCGCGGGCGCAAGGUGGGCCGGCGUCGCUCCCGCUCGCAGGCGCCGGCGCUGGCCUCCUCCUCCUCCUCCGAGGACACGGUCAGCAACGCCUCCGUCGCAUCUGUCGCCUCCGCACGGGAACUACGACUACCGCCAGAUUUAGAAAUGCAGCCGUGUGAGGUCCGCCAAAGGAAACCGCUUCGGAGACAAAAGUGCCGUAGUUCCGAGGAUACUUCAUCAAAAAUAUCAUCCAGCUUGGAUCUGACUGAAGACUCGCGGAAGCCGGUCAAAGUCAACAAGCUGAGGACCAUCAGCAAUCAGAUAAGAUUUCUGCGUCGAUUGGAACGUAGUUUAAAAAUGAAAGAAAGUUAUCCCGCGCUGUCAGAUGACGAAGGCGACGAAUCUUCGAGUGUGACGUCACCGCUGCUUCAAGGACGCAAGGAGAUUAGUCCGCUCGGCGGACACGCGACGUCAGCGCCUCUGCUGGGCGCCGCCAGACCUAAAAUGUUGAGACAAAGGCGAUACGACAAAUCGUUGUUAAGUGAGGAGAACAGGACGUUAAAUACCGCGGGUAACGAUAAUUCCGAUUAAACAAAUCUUGUUAAAUUUCUACCGUUUUAUACUAUUUUUUGUGUUAUUCACUAUACUUCUUCGUUUUCGUAUUCAAGUGCAAAAGGAAAACACCGUUACACCGAUUUGAGGUUAUUAGAUAUAUUGAACAGCAUUUAUAGUCUGUAUUGACAGCUGUCAUGUUGACAUUUAUCUAUACAAGAUUCUAAUCUUAUUGUGAUAUAAUUAAGUAAUGCGAUGUAGUGAUGUUAUACAGUAGAAAGUUCUGGAAUUAUACUUUUUUCCUUAGUUCUACUUUUAAUGUCUAGACGCACCUAUUAGGAGAAGCUUGAUGAUGUAAAUAAUCGUCUUAUAGCAAUAAAAUUUUCUAGAAUUUAAUAAUUAUUAGAUAAUG